AUGUAAUCACUUUGUUGUAAUAUGACGAGGUGGUUCUGUUCUGUGACCUUUGUUCCGAAUUACGAUAUCGUUGCCCUAUUUAUCUAAGUCUACAAGUGCAAGGAGAUUGCGCAGUACUUUUUCUCAUUUAAAUUUGAAAAAAAAUUAAAAUGUCAACCAUAAACAAGAACCAGAUCAUCGAUGAAUCGAACCGUUCAGAAACCAAGGUACUGGAUGAGAAUAAAGAAGAAGAGGAAGAGGAAGACUUACAGAAGCUUCUUGUCCCUGACGUGCAGAAUCUUCCCACCACUCCUCCUUCCGCUGUUGAAUCCAACUUUGCCACUUUCUUCGCCAUAGAUUUUACGAAACCAGCUCACGAUCAGUACAUUUACCGGCACGCCAAUGGCUUGUGUGUGGUUGGGUUGGCUCCUUCCCACGUCGCUUUCAAGGAUGAAGGUGGAAUCACAGCCGUUGAUUUCAAUGUUGGGAAGUCGGAUCGCAGCGAGAUGAAAGUCACUGGAAAGAGGAAGAAGAAUGCACAACAUUUUGAGUCCAACACUGCUCUGUGUAAAAUCUCUACCAAAAAUGAUACCUAUAUUGUAAGAUGUUGCGUCAAAGGCUCCCUCUUGGAAGUGAAUCAACAAUUGAUCAAGCAACCAGAACUGCUUAAUGUUUCGGCUGACAGAGAAGGAUAUAUUGCUAUUAUCAUGCCAAAACCUGCCGAUUGGCUCAAGGUCAAGGCUUCCCUUGUUAGCCUUCAGGAGUACAAGAAAUUGAAGGAAGUUAGUUGAAUGUGUAGCAUACCCACCAAGAAUGGUGUCAUAGUGAAAGGGUUGCAUGAUUUCCCUGCAUGAUUCUUCAUUAGAGGGGUUCCAAAUGCCACAAACCGGAUGAAAUUGAAACAUUGUUUAGGUGCAGAAGACAAUGAGAAACGAGUUAAAAUUCUUUACUAAGUUAUCUUGUCUUAUCUUCUGCUGAGUAUUCAAAAUAUACUAUGUUGAUACUUUAGAAGUCUUUUUAGUAGAUUUUAAAAUUUCAAAAUCACUGAUCAUAAGGGAGAGACAUCAGGGGAUAAUUUGAAAGCUCGGCAGAGAAACACUACAGGAAAAUUCAGCAAAUAAUUCAAAUUCAUGAGAAA